AUGUUUGCAGAGGCAGAAACACAGCUCUUGACUUUUCUUUUUGUAACUUUUGCUGAAAGAGUUGCAAUAACUUUUUAUUCUAGGUGUGUAACUAUGGAAUCGCAUUACCAAGUGAACUACAGAGGAUACAAUAAAUUAGACAUCUCUUUAUUUUAGAGACAGAGAAUAUGGAAACAUCAUUGGUUUUCUUUCCUCAAUUAAAUAUGUGCGAAUCAAAAGAAAAAACUUUUUUCAAGUUAGUACACGGUUCAGGAAAAGAAGAAACAAGCAAAGAAGCCAAGAUCAGAGCUAAGGAAAAAAGAAAUAGGCUAAGUCUUCUCUUGCAGAAACCUGAGUUUCGUGAAGAGACCCAUACUGGUAGGUCUGGGCAGUUGGCCAAAGAAACAAGAGUCUCCCCUGAAGAAGCAAUGAAAUGGGGUGAAUCAUUUGACAAGCUGCUUUCCCAUAGAGAUGGACUGGAGGCUUUUACCAGAUUUCUUAAAACUGAAUUCAGUGAGGAAAACAUUGAAUUUUGGAUAGCCUGUGAAGAUUUCAAGAAAAGCAAAGAACCUCAACAAAUUCUCCUUAAAGCAAAAGAAAUAUAUGAGAAAUUUAUACAGAAUGAUGCUCCGCAAGAGGUUAAUCUCGAUUUUCACACCAAAGAAGUCAUUACUAAGAGCGUCACCCAACCCUCCCUCCACAGUUUCGAUGCUGCACAAAGCAGAGUGUAUCAGCUCAUGGAACAAGACAGUUAUACGCGUUUUCUGAAAUCUGACAUCUAUUUAGACUUGAUAGAAGGAAGGCCUCAGAGACCAACAAAUCUUAGGAGACGAUCACGCUCAUUUACUUGCAAUGAAUUCCAAGAUGUGAAAUCAGAUGUUGCCAUUUGGUUAUAACAAAAAUUGAUUUUGCUCAUUUUGAUGGCAAAUUUGCACAUCUGCUUCUAAGAUGUAGCAUGUUUAUGUUACAAAAUGGUUACAUAUUUUAAAAUAAAAUACAUAAUGUGAAAGAAUUUUAAAAAUAUAAAUCAAAAUUUUUAUGCUAACAAAAUACAUACUGCAUCUGCCAAUAUGUUCUGUAAAACCUUCCAUGUGGCAUCAUUCCAUUCA